AUGCGGCGAAGCCCCCGCCCGGGUUCAGCCGCGUCCCAGCACAAGCACACGCCCAACUUCUACAGCGACAACAGCAACAGCUCUGUGAGCGUCACCUCGGGGGACAGCUGCGGGCACCGGUCAGCUGGGCCGGGGCCCGGGGAGCCCGAGGGCAGACGAGCCCGGGGCUCGAGCUGCGGUGAGCCCGCCUUGAGCGCUGGAGUGCCCGGAGGAACCACAUGGGCUGGAAGCUCUCGGCAGAAGCAGGCGCCUCGGAGCCACAAUGGGCAGACCGCCUGUGGCGCGGCAACCGUGAGGGGCGGGGCCUCGGUCUCUGAAGAGCAGCUCGACCUUCUCCCCAUUCUGGAUCUGAGGCAGGAGAUGCCUUCCCCGCAAGUGUCCAAGAGCUUCCUGAGCCUACUCUUCCAGGUGCUGAGCGUGUUGUUAUCCCUGGUUGGAGACGUGCUGGUCAGUGUGUACAGGGAGGUCUGUUCCAUCCGCUUCCUGCUCACGGCUGUAUCACUGCUGAGCCUCUUUCUGGCAGCACUCUGGUGGGGACUCCUGUACCUCGCCCCUCCUUUGGAACAUGAACCUAAGGAGAUGCUGACUCUAAGCGAAUACCACGAGCGCGUGCGCUCCCAGGGGCAGCAGCUCCAGCAGCUCCAGGCUGAACUGGUUAAACUCCACAAGGAGAUGUCCAGCGUUCGCGCCGCCAACAGCGAGAGGGUGGCUCAACUAGUAUUCCAGAGGCUGAGUGAGGACUUUGUGCGGAAACCCGACUACGCGCUGAGUUCUGUCGGAGCCUCCAUCGACCUAGAGAAGACAUCCCAGGACUAUGAGGAUGCGAACACUGCCUACUUCUGGAAUCGCUUCAGCUUCUGGAACUACGCGCGACCGCCCACGGUUAUCCUGGAGCCAGAUGUGUUCCCUGGAAAUUGCUGGGCUUUUGAGGGCGACCAGGGCCAGGUGGUGAUCCGGUUGCCGGGUCGUGUGCAGCUGAGCGACAUCACUCUGCAGCAUCCACCGCCCACUGUGGCACACACCCGGGGAGCUAACAGCGCCCCCCGUGACUUUGCAGUCUAUGGCCUCCAAGUUGAUGACGAGACUGAGGUCUUCUUGGGGAAAUUUACCUUUAACGUGGAGAAAUCUGAGAUUCAGACUUUCCACCUACAGAAUGACCCUCCAGCUGCCUUUCCCAAGGUGAAGAUCCAGAUUCUAAGCAACUGGGGCCACCCCCGUUUCACGUGCUUGUAUCGAGUCCGAGCCCAUGGUGUUCGAACCUCAGAGGGGGCAGGGGACAGUGCCACAGGGGACGCCCAUUAA